AAGACGAAAAACAAUACUCGGAGAGUUUGUUCGUUCCAUAAACUCACAAAAGAAAUACACUUAAAACGAAGCGAAAACCCAAAUUUAAUCUUUGAUUGCUUCUCCUUUCUUCAUCUCUCACCCUUGAUCGGUGGUGUUUUUUUCUCUCUCCUUCUCUUCAUCCCAUCCAUGACUAUGAUGACCCAGCCUCCCUUGGAUCAGGAGGACGAGGAGAUGCUCGUGCCCCAUUCUGAUGUCGUCGUCGAAGGUCCUCAGCCCAUGGAAGCUGUAUCAGCAGAUGCUAAUAAUGUGGCCGAGAAUCAGGCCGUGGAGGAGCCCCCAACUUCUAAAUUUACAUGGACUAUUGAGAAUUUCUCUAGAAUAAACACUAAGAAGCACUACUCUGAUGCUUUUGCUGUUGGUGGUUAUAAAUGGCGGAUCUUGAUUUUCCCAAAAGGGAAUAAUGUGGACUAUCUGUCAAUGUAUCUUGAUGUUGCGGAUUCUCCUGCUUUGCCAUAUGGUUGGAGUAGAUAUGCUGCUUUUAGUCUGUUAGUGGUUAAUCAAGCUCAUCAGAAGUACUCAAUAAGAAAAGAGACGCAACAUCAGUUUAAUGCUAGAGAGAGCGAUUGGGGUUUUACAUCUUUUAUGCCUCUCAGCGAUGUAUAUGAUCCUUCGAGGGGAUAUCUUGUCAAUGAUACUCUGGUGAUAGAAGCUGAGGUUGCCGUUCGUCGUGUAAUGGAUUAUUGGUCAUAUGACUCGAAGAAAGAGACGGGCUGUGUUGGACUCAAGAAUCAGGGAGCAACUUGCUACAUGAAUUCCCUUCUGCAAACUUUGUAUCAUAUUCCCUAUUUCAGAAAGGCUGUCUACCAUAUGCCUACAACUGAGAACGAUAAUCCUACUAAUAGCAUCCCGUUGGCUUUGCAAAGUUUAUUCUACAAGCUUCAAUAUAAUGACACAAGUGUCUCAACCAAAGAAUUAACCAAGUCUUUUGGAUGGGACACUUAUGAUUCUUUCAUGCAACAUGAUGUGCAGGAGCUCAAUAGAGUUUUGUGUGAGAAGCUUGAAGAUAAGAUGAAGGGAACUGUUGUGGAGGGAACUAUUCAACAAUUGUUUGAAGGGCAUCAUAUGAACUAUAUUGAAUGUGUCAAUGUAGACUAUAAAUCCACGAGGAAGGAAUCGUUUUAUGAUCUUCAGCUGGAUGUCAAAGGCUGUCGGGAUGUGUAUGCUUCAUUUGAUAAGUAUGUGGAAGUUGAACGUCUGGAAGGCGAUAACAAGUACCAUGCUGAGCAACAUGGUUUACAGGAUGCUAAGAAAGGUGUUCUAUUCCUUGAUUUCCCUCCAGUGCUUCAGCUCCAACUCAAGAGGUUUGAAUAUGACUUUGUAAGGGACACCAUGGUAAAGAUCAAUGAUCGUUAUGAGUUUCCUCUCGAGCUUGACCUUGACAGGGAAAAUGGGAAAUAUUUAGCCCCUGGAGCAGAUAAGAGCGUUCGAAACCUAUAUACACUUCACAGUGUUUUGGUACAUAGUGGGGGAGUCCAUGGUGGACAUUAUUAUGCAUAUAUAAGGCCAACACUAUCUGACCAAUGGUUCAAAUUUGAUGAUGAGCGGGUGACUAAAGAGGAUUUGAAGAAGGCUUUAGAAGAGCAGUAUGGCGGUGAAGAAGAGUUGCCGCAGACAAAUCCGGGGUUUAAUAAUGCUCCUUUCAAGUUUACAAAAUAUUCAAACGCUUACAUGCUUGUGUAUAUACGUGAAAGUGACAAGGACAAAGUAGUUUGUAAUGUGGAUGAGAAGGACAUUGCAGAGCAUCUUAGGACAAGAUUGAAGAAGGAGCAAGAAGAGAAGGAAGACAAGAGGCGGUACAAAGCACAGGCACAUCUUUUUACUAUCAUAAAGGUUGCCCGAGAUGAUGAUCUUGCAGAACAGAUCGGAAAGGACAUUUAUUUUGAUCUUGUGGAUCAUGACAAAGUUCGCAGUUUCCGUGUACAGAAGCAGAUGAUAUUUAAUCAAUUCAAGGAGGAGGUUGCCAAAGAAUUAGGUAUACCUGUUCAAUUUCAGCGAUAUUGGAUCUGGGCGAAGCGCCAGAACCACACAUAUCGUCCUAAUCGACCUCUGACGCCAGUGGAAGAAACCCAAGCUGUGGGGCAACUGAGAGAGGCAUCAAAUAAGAUGCACAAUGCAGAGUUGAAGUUAUUUCUGGAAGUAGAGAUAGGGUUGGAUCUUCACCCAAUCGCUCCUCCAGAUAAAACAAAAGAUGAAAUUUUGCUCUUUUUCAAGCUUUAUGAUCCUGAAAAGGAAGAACUCCGAUAUGUAGGCAGGGUUUUUGUCAAAAGCACUGGUAAACCAGCUGAUAUUUUUAACAAAUUAAAUGAGAUGGCUAGCUUUGCUCCGGAUGAGGAGAUUGAACUCUUUGAGGAAAUCAAGUUUGAACCAUGUGUCAUGUGUGAGCCCCUUGACAAGAGGCUGUCAUUUAGGUUGAGCCAGUUGGAAGAUGGUGACAUCAUCUGCUACCAGAAAGUUCCCCCAAUUGAUAGUGAGGAUCAGUAUCGUUAUCCUGAUGUACCGUCAUUCUUAGAGUAUGUUCACAAUCGUCAGGUUGUCCAUUUUCGAUCCCUAGAGAGGCCCAAAGAAGAUGAUUUCUGCCUAGAAUUGUCAAAAAUAAAUACUUAUGACGAAGUUGUUGAAAGAGUUGCUCAGAGACUCAGUCUUGAUGAUCCUUCGAAGAUUAGGCUGACGUCUCAUAAUUGCUACUCUCAGCAGCCUAAACCACAGCCUAUCAAGUAUAGAGGAGUAGAUCAUCUGUCUGACAUGCUGGUUCAUUACAAUCAGACUUCUGAUAUCCUGUAUUAUGAAGUACUUGACAUUCCUUUGCCAGAAUUGCAAGGACUAAAAAAUCUUAAAGUAGCUUUUCAUCAUACCACAAAAGAUGAGGUGGUAAUUCACAAUAUUAGACUACCAAAGCAAAGUACCGUAGGAGAUGUAAUUGAUGAGCUAAAGACAAAGGUGGAAUUGUCACAUCCGGAUGCAGAGCUCAGAUUACUUGAAGUUUUCUACCACAAGAUCUACAAGAUUUUUCCAUGUAGUGAAAAGAUUGAAAAUAUAAAUGACCAGUACUGGACAUUGCGUGCAGAGGAGAUCCCUGAAGAAGAAAAGAACCUUGACCCCAAUGAUCGUUUGAUUCAUGUCUACCAUUUCACCAAGGACACCGCACAAAAUCAGAUGCAAGUGCAGAACUUUGGGGAACCCUUUUUCUUGGUUAUUCGUGAAGGUGAAACAGUAGCUGAAAUUAAAGUGAGAAUACAGAAGAAAUUGCAUGUUCCUGAUGAAGAGUUUUCCAAGUGGAAAUUUGCAUUUUUGUCACUGGGCCGGCCAGAGUAUUUGCAAGAUAUUGACAUUGUAUCCAGCCGUUUUCAGAGGAGAGACGUUUAUGGUGCCUGGGAACAGUACCUGGGGUUGGAACAUACUGAUACUACUCCAAAGAGGGCAUACACAGCAAAUCAGAAUCGUCACUCAUAUGAGAAGCCAGUAAAAAUUUACAACUGAUUUGAUGAGCUAGCCAACAGACUUGCAAAAAAAAAAACUAGUGCCUUUUCGCCAAUGGAUCGAUAUGAAUGUGCAAAAAGGGAUAGGCUAUAGCACAUCUGGAGCUAUAUUAGAGGCAUGCUUUUAGCCGUUUUUUCAAGUGGAUGAUAUUUUAUGUAGGGAAUGUACUAAAGCAGGGUGUUGGGAAGCGCUUCAGUUUUGGGGCUGAACUCAUGGUGCGUACGAUCUUGUUUGAGCUUUUCUGAUGGAUUCUCUGUCUCCUGUUUGAAGUUGCUUCUGUCUCUUAGAGGAGAGAGAGGCUGAGUCCCAUGUAAUUUUAGAAGUAUAUAAGAUUUUUGGACAAGGCUUGUAAAGUGGUUAUAGUAUUGUUAUUUCUUUUUUCCUUUUUUUAUUUUAUUUACCCCAACUUUUGGGUUAGUGCCAUAAAUUGAGUCUUGUAUAAUGGCUGGUUGAAUGCAAAGGCUGAGAAUGCCUAUUUUUCAGGGAUUAUGUAAAGAGAACAGGUACCGGCAUAUUGUAGUUUAAUUGAUUACACAACACAUGCAAUGAAGUUCUUAAUCUUGGUAA